AAAGGCUUUUGCCCGUUCGCAUUGCUUUUUUUCUUUGCUUGUGGAAAUGGCAAAGGAUGUUGCCUCGGGGCCAAAGGCGGUGAACAUCGUCAGACCACAGCAUCAUCAACGUCCUCCUCCACAACCACCCUCACCUUCAGCCUAUUCCAACACGUCCUCUUACUUCUCCGCCCAAAGAAAGCCAAGAGUAGCUCCAGCAGCUCAAAUUGACAUUUCUCGCACACCGUCAACUAAUUACUCUUAUUCUACAUCCACUGUGUCAUCCACCUCCACCAAUGCUACUAAUUUGUCUUCAACCUCGAAUGCUCGUGUGCCUCCCACCAUCUACAACUCGGCAACUGCUUCGAAUGCCUCCUUCACCCUAUUCCAACCCUCGUCCGUUAUAUCCUAUAGUCAACACCAGCCCAUGUUAGUUCAUAGGCACUCGGCCGUGUUCACUCCACAAAGGUCAAGAAGCAACUCUGUACACUCAAAGCCAGGUACGGUUGCUUCCGAACCGGAGACUGAAUCGGAAUCCGAUGAAAACGACGACUUGGAUGAUCCCACUCAGUUGGACGAUGAUGACCAGUCUACUGCCUCAGAGAGCGAGGAUGACGAAAGCGAAGAGGAGGAAGAUGAAUCAGAUACCGAUAUUGUGGCCAAGGUGGUGGCCAAGAUCAAGAAUGGCACCAUCAUGAACGGUAAAGGGGAGUUUGUAAACAAAACUGUUCAGGAACCAGAGAACGAAUGGCGAGAAGAAGCUAAAAUUAAUCGUAAGAUAGCCGAUUUAGAAAUUUCAAAUACAUCACUUCUGGCCAUCAAUGCUACUUUGGAAGGUAAACUUAGAAAACAGGCCAAGAUGAUCGAAGAAUUGAAAAGACAGCUUUCAAGUAGUCAUGAUAGUCUGCGUAGCGGAACACCUACACCAGACUUGACAAGGCUAGACGACUCGGACGAACAAGAAGGAGAAGAUCCAUUGGAAGGGGAUGAAGUCUUCACCCGAAUUCGUUCACUCCUAGAAAAUCUACUUGAGAAUGCUCAACAAGCGUUGGAUCACAAAAGCAAAGCAACAGGUCGUGUAUUAAGUUACUACGAUAACGGUAAUGUGGAGUUUUGUACUGCCAUACAGUGUGACGAUAGUUUUCUCUGACUCCACCUUUCUCCAUUUAGACGAAGAAUAUGAAAUUGAGCAAAACAACCUCAAUGAACAAGAGCAAAGGCUUGCUUCACCAAAACUGUUUGUGAACACGAAUCUUUCCAAUUCAUCCACUGUAUCACGUCGACGUUCUUCUGGUGCAGAGAUGGAUUCCAAACGAGGAGGCUCAAAACCACCCUCUCCCAUUGAUGGUAGAUUUUCUCGCCCUU